UCUUGCGUCAAACAAAUAAAAUAUCUCAUUCAAUCCAGAAAUUUCAAGAAGCUGCUUUCAAUGUCUCUUUCCACCCAAUAUAAAUACAAAGAAUUUGAUUAAAUUUCCAAACCAGAACCAAACAAACCAUCAGCUUAACCGACCAUCUCUAGCGCAUUUCAUCGAAUAGUUUCCAUACAAUUCUAAAUAUUCCCAAACAUAAACAAAAAUUUAAAAAACCACAACGACCCAGAGGAAAUAAAAAGAUGUCUCUAUUACAGUCUCUGCUCUCUCAACGCAGCGUUUUGGACCCUUUCCAUGGCUUGUUGUUGGACAACUCGGACAUAUUGAGCUCUUCCAGGAAUGCCCAGAUGAACUGGAAGGAAACUUCGCAUGCCCACGUCUUAGAAAUCGAUCUUCCGGGGCUGAAAAGAGAGGACGUGAAGCUUGAGAUUCAUGAAGAUAGAGUUGUGCAUGUGAGCGCGGAGAGAAAAGAAGAGCCAGAAGAAGAGAAGGGUGGGAGGUGGCAUUGCAGGGAGAGGACAAGUGGCAGCUUCCAUAGAGAGUUCCGAUUGCCUGAGAAUGCAAAAGUGGACGAAAUCAAGGCUUCGAUGAGUGAUGGGAUUUUGGUGAUUAGGGUUCCAAAGGAGGAGGAAGAGUUGAAGAAGAAGACGAAAAAGAAGGCAGUGGAGAUUGAUGAAUCAGAAGAUGGUAAUGUUAAUGCUCCCAAAGGACUUGGCCGGUUUGUUUGCUGCAAGGCUUAGAGAUUAAGUACCGCGUUUCCGAUUGAUUUGUGUUAUGAAUAUGAAUUCAUACGAGUGUUUGAUUUUAUUUCUUAUGUAAGUAGUCACUUAUAAUGGGUGUUAAAAUGUCGAAAAUGUGGGAGUUGUGUUGAAAA